AGUUGUAAUAUGACUCAGUGCUUAAUACGCAGUUUGGGACAGGAAUGCCGGACUCGCACUGAAAUGGUUUAAAACAGGAAAACGUGAAAAAAAAAACACUUCUGGACUAUUGAAGACAUUUUCAACGCUUUGUUCAGGAGAGGUGUCAAGAUGGGACAGCUCUUUCGCAGUGAGAAGAUGGUCCUCAGCCAGGUCUUCCUCCAGACAGAGGCGGCCUACAACUGCGUGGCUGAGCUGGGGGAGCUUGGGCUGGUCCAGUUCAUUGACUUGAGUCCUCACCUGAAUGCUUUUCAGCGGAAAUAUGUAAAUGAGGUCCGCCGCUGCGAUGAAAUGGAAAGGAAACUGCGUUAUGUGGAGAAGGAGGUCAAAGCCGCAAAACUUAACGUCACCGACCCUGGCACGGAGGUCCCUGCCCCGCCCCCAAGAGAGAUGAUCGAUAUGGAGGCUACCUUUGAGAAGAUCGAGGUGGACAUGAAGGAGGUGAACAGCAAUCAUGAGAUGCUGCAGCGGAACUACCUGGAGCUGACCGAACAUCGGCACGUGCUGAGGAACACCACCGACUUCUUUGCCGAGGCGGAGUUCUUCCAGCAGGGCCGGGAGGUGGAAGAAGCCCGCUCCUCUGGAUAUUCCCGCUUUGGUGUAGAGGAUGGCGUCAGACAGAUGCACUCCCCGAUCAAGUUUGGUUUUGUUGCCGGAGUGAUCAGUCGGGAGCGUGUGCCAUCAUUUGAGCAAACACUGUGGCGGGUGUGUCGAGGUAACGUCUUCCUGCGACACGUCGUCAUCGACAAGCCGCUUGAAGACCCCAGCACGGGAGAUGAAGUCAUCAAGCACGUCUUCAUCGCCUUCUUCCAAGGGGACCAGCUGGGAGGCCGUGUCAAGAAAGUCUGUGAAGGAUUCCAUGCAACCCUUUAUCCCUGCCCAGAGAAUGCUAUGGAGCGAAGUGAGAUGUGCACUGGGGUUGCUAAGCGGCUGGAAGACCUGAAAAAAGUCCUGGUGCAGACGGUGGACCACCGGCAGCGCGUCCUGGCGUCGGCUGCCAGCAGCCUGUGGGUCUGGUUCAUCAAGGUGCGCAAGCUGAAGGCCAUCUACCACACGCUUAACCUCUGCAACAUGGACGUCACCCACAAGUGCCUGAUCGCAGAGUGUUGGUGCCCCGAGGGUGAACUUGGGCGCAUCCGCCUGGCCCUGCAGCACGGAAACGAGAGGAGCGGGUCGACUGUGCCGUCCAUUUUGAACAUCGUGACGACGAAGGACGACCCUCCGACGUACAACAAGACCAACAAGUUCACCAGUGGCUUCCAGGCGAUCGUGGACGCCUACGGGGUGGCCAACUACAGGGAGAUGAACCCAGCGCCGUACACCAUCAUCACCUUCCCGUUCCUGUUUGCCGUCAUGUUUGGCGACGCCGGCCACGGCACCCUCAUGGCCCUGUUUGGCCUGUGGAUGAUCAUCAAGGAGGCCAAGCUGAUCGCAGCCAAAUCCAGAAACGAGAUGUGGAACGUCAUCUUUGGCGGGCGCUACAUCAUCUUCUUCAUGGGCAUGUUCUCCAUUUACACCGGCUUCAUGUACAACGAUUUCUUCUCCAAGUCGGUCAACAUCUUCCAGUCAAGUUGGAGCGUCUCUCAUAUGAAGAACUUCACCGAGGACCUGUUGGAUCAGAACAUCAAGCUGCAGCUGGACCCUGUGCAGGCCUACAGCGGCAAACCGUAUCCAUACGGUCUCGACCCGAUAUGGCAGCUGUCUGAGAACAAGCUGAACUUUUUGAACCCCUUCAAGAUGCGGCUGUCCAUCAUCUUUGGCGUCCUCCACAUGAUGUUCGGCAUCUUCCUCAGCCUUUUCAAUCACAUAAACCGACGGGAGUACAGCCGUAUUUUUCUGGAGUUCAUACCUCAGGUGCUGUUCCUGGGACUGAUCUUCGGCUACCUGGUGGCUCUGGUCUUCGUCAAGUGGCUGACCUACGAUGCCAGAAGUUCCGAAGAUGCCCCCAGCAUCAUCAACAUGUUCAUCUUCAUGUUCUUGGUCUCCAACAAGCCGGAACUCUACAUGUUUCCUGGUCAGUUCUACCUCCAGCUGGUUCUGUUGGUGGUCGCGCUGCUCUGCGUUCCGGUCAUGCUCUUUGGUAGCCCCGUCUACAAUUGGUUCAAGCAUCGCAGGAGAGGGCUUACGCACCAGCCCAAAAUGCGGUUCUCGACGCUUCUAAUGCAGCAUCUGAACACGGAGGAAGAUUCGAUGGCCAUCCCGAUCAAUGACACACUGGAUGAACAGUUCCAGGCGGAGAGCUCCAGCCAGGGAGUUAACAGCGUGGAGGACAGCAUGGAUGGCGAUGCAGGAGCUAGGCAGGAGUUUUCAUUCGGCGAAGUGUUGAUUAAUCAAGCUAUCCACACCAUUGAGUUCUGUUUGGGCUGCGUCUCCAACACGGCUUCUUAUCUACGUCUCUGGGCGCUCAGCCUCGCUCAUGCCGAGCUUUCCGAGGUGUUGUGGACCAUGGUCAUGCAUGAGGGCCUGGCCUUUCCCUAUCUGCCCACGGCGUUCGGCUGGGUGGCCCUCUUUCCCGUGUUCACAGCCUUCGCCGUGCUGACAAUUGCUAUCCUGCUGCUCAUGGAGGGUCUGUCUGCCUUCCUCCACGCACUCCGUCUCCACUGGGUGGAGUUCCAGAAUAAGUUCUACAAAGGAGAGGGUUACCUCUUCGCCCCCUUCUCCUUUGCCACCAUCCUGGAAGCGGAAGAAGAAUAGAUCGUCCUCAUACUUGGAUUUUACAGAUCAAGGACCAAUUUCAAAUGAAAAUAUUCAUCUAUUACCAUCUUAAUAUAUAAAUUUAUACAAACGACAAACAAGGAUUCUACGAUUCACACAUGAUUCUGUGCACACGACUAGAUACCAGAGAUGACUUCUUAGAAGUUGGUCUUAUCAUGAUUGAAUAUUAUCCAUCAGUGUAAUUUAGGGACUUGACCGUGCAUAUUGAGCCAAAUUAAAAUGCUCAGUACUAGAAUUCUGUAGGUCUUAGAACAGCUCUGCUGUUCGAUAUUUGUUUUCUUCUGUAAGUCGUCUGUGCUUGGAAAAUUAUCUCGUGAAAUUGUUUCACUUGCGUGAGUAUCAUGUGUAUGAUGGCUUAUAGAGUCUAAAAAUAUGUGACCCACUCUGUGAAAAAAGAGUCUCGAGUCGCCAGAGCCACUUUGGAGUAAAAAUCCUUUAGAAUGAUUUUGCAGUGUGUAAAUCAUUAGGAACCCACAGCAUUUGUCACCAUGGAGUAACCACUUUCAUCAGGAUGCCAAACUGAGCGAUACAUCAAAACAAAACACUCAACUUGCGCUUCCCAAUACAAAUGAAAACUCAAACAGUGGUUCUGCCAACUUAAGAUGCCUUUUCACAGAGUGGGUCACAUUUUUAUGUGAAGUUCACACCAUUUCAAUUUCAUUCAGAUCGUGAUUGAAAAUUUGGAUCAUAUGACAGGGAUCAUGCAGUACACAUUACGAAGUGCAUCGCAUGAUACAUUUUGAUAUAAUGAACACGUUGCGUUGAUUUAUUUUUUUAAUAAAAAACUUCAUGCUGAAAAGCACUUCACAUUCCAAUAGUUAUAUUGUCACAUUGUAUUGUGCUGAAGUAAGGCCAAUUAUGAGAGUUGGUGUGUUAAAGAAAUGAAUAACUUGGAAAAGCAUCAUUCUAGAGUUCUGGACAGACCCAGCACCAAGCUUAACAUGAAAUGAUGCAGAACCUCGCUGAAAAAAAUGAAUCACCCACAUGCUGUAGUUAAGCUUCAUCUAAUCCUGAGGUGGAAUGUGGCAUUUUGAGCGGAGAGCAUCUGAGGGAAUCUGGUUUUUAGGUACUUACUUUGAGUAAGUUCAAACUUUCAAAUUGUCAGUUGGUGAGGACUUUUCUGUUCCCCCACUCUGAGCCUAGUGCCACGCAUCCAAGAAUUGAAAUGCCUUGCUCCAGUACUCGUUUUUAGUACCUUUUGAUAGAACUGUGUAGCUAGAGUUGAAAAAUUUGCAGGCCAAGAACAUUUGAUAAAUAUUUCCACCCGUAAGUCCAAAAUUGAUCAGUGCUUCCAUUGCCAAGUGCCUUAUUUUCAUAGACUUGUUUUGCAAGAAGUAACUCUUAAGUUUAUUCGUAGGCUUUAAAUUCAAGUAUUUGAAAUGCUUCAAUUCUGACAUGUGUCUUUUGGUACCUUGUGCCGAUCGGCCAUUUUUUUCUCCCUUUUAUGCAAUUUGUGUUAACCAUAAUACGAUGUCCGAAGCGAUUAAAAUCGAACAAAUGA